UUCCUCCAAAAUGCGGUUAUAUCAUUCUACCUCUACACGAAUUUGAUAAAUCGAUUUCAUCGACUCUCUUCUCUUCCUUGAAUGAGCAGAAGUGUGCCAAAAUUCAUUGUCUUCGUAGUGAGCUUGUAGAGGAUUCAAAAUGGCAAUUUGGGAGAAGUUCGCCAGAUCUUUCGGAUCCUACUAUUCAAUUUUUAUAACGUGUUUGGUGCAUCAAGUCUACUUCAACAUCUGUCUCAGUGCAGCAUGGCCUUCCCCAGUUCUAACCAAACUUAGCGGAAUGGAAGAUAACCCUCUGGGAAGACUGAUAACAGCUGAAGAAAGUGACCUUAUUGGUUCUCUUUUCUACAUAGGGGCCUCGAUAGGACCUUUAUUGAUUAUAGUGAUAGUAGAAAAACUAGGGAGGAAAGAUGUACUUAUUGGCUUAUCUCUCAUCAUUCCAUUAUCUUACAUAAUCCUCACGUUUACAGAAAACGUUCACAUGUACUAUUUCUGUAGAACCUUACUAGGUUUUUACAGUGGUGCCGCUUUGAGCAUACAACCAGUUUAUCUCACAGAAAUCCUGGCACCCAGCGAAAGAGAAUUUUUAAUGUCCCUAGUGACUAUCUUCAAUUUUCUCGGAAUACUGUACGCCUAUGCCAUUGGACCAUUCAUACCAAUCUUCUGGUUCAACCUUUCCAUCGUUGUCCUCUCCAUACUAGUCUUCAUCUUACAACUAGUGGGUUGCCCAGAAAGUCCCUAUCACAUCAUGAAAACCAAGGGUUUGGACAGCACCAGAACAGUCUUGAAGACGCUGAGAAACAAAACGGAUGUUGAAAUUGAGCUCCAAGAGAUACAGACCAUAGUCACUACGGAAGUGAAGAAGUCCUACAGCGAAAUAUUUAAAUCCAAGGACAACUGGAAAGCUCUACUCAUAGGAACAGCUCCACUGGUCAUCCAACAGUGCUCUGGAAUGCCAGUUCUCGUUACGUACAGCCAACUGAUCUUCAACAAGACCAAUCUCUCCAUCAGUUCCGAGAUAUGUUCCAUCAUCGUGGUUAUUUUGCAGCUUUCCACUACCUUCCUCACUCCUACCUUCAUGAAAUGUAAUACCUUCACCAGGAAAGCUUUGCUGAUCAUGUGUCUAACCUUCCUGGCCCUUAGCAACCUAGUUUUAGCUUUGUACUUCUUCUACGGCAUGGGGACGCCUUGGUUGAACUGGGUUCCUCUGGUAGGUCUCAUUGCCUACGUCGUGUCUUAUAACUGUGGGAUAGACCCCAUACCAUGGAUGAUUAUAGGGGAGAUAUAUCCGAUGAGUAUCAGUGCAGCUGGAUCAGCUAUCUCGUCAAGCUUAUUCUUUGGUUCCAUCUUUCCAGUCCUGUAUUCUUUCAAAAAGGUCGAUAUCGGGUAUUUGUUCUUGAUAUCUUUCACCGACUGUAUUAUUGGUAUACUUUUCUUCGCCUUUGUUUACGUGAAGGUCAAGAAAAGCUACAGACAGAGUCAAAAUUUGCUGAAAUGAUUGAUGAAUAUAAUUUUUAUAGUUGUGAUGAAAAUGAGAUUAAAAUUUUGUCUCUUGUGCUGUGCAAAUUUCAACCCAAAUAUAUCACUGAAAAUUUAAAAUAUCUCCCGAGAAUUUUCAAAUAUUUUUGAAUAUUUGUGGAUGUUGUUUCCAGAAACCAAAAAAAAAAAACUGCAGGAUGAUUUGAAUCGAAUAAUGAGACAACAUGAUCACCUUUUUAUUGCAAACUCGUUUUUGGUUGAUAUUGCUAUUUAUUUCCUUCGAUAUAUUUGGUUUGUUACCCACUGUUGUGAUUUUCUUUGAAUAUAUUUUAUUGCUUGUU